UUAAGAAAAGGCCCUAUGAAUCAAUGUCAUUAAAUGUGAAAUAUGUCAAUUCCUGUAGGGCGGGUAUGUAUGGGGCUCUUUUUCAUUAUGUACUGACCAUUUCAAACUACAUUUGUGACUUCAGAACAGACAAGCGUCUCUGUGAACCGUGCCCAUCACACCUACAUUACGCCUUAUUUGGGCACAGGUGACCGGAAGUAUCUAAUUUGAUAGCGGCGGGAUGAAAGGCUCAAAGACGCGCAACAACGUAGGCUACAUCAUUUUGCUACCUAGCUCUGCCGAAAUGUCGGUUUUUAAUAGUGAUGGAGUUUUCAAAAGCCACUACUUUCAACUUAUUUAAUUUUUAAAGAACACAUCCUAACUGGAUCUACCAAUGCCAAACCCCAUGGACGACCGUCUACGCGUGGUGGCCGUGAUACACGCUUUGAAAGCAUCUGGAGUUCGCGUGAAAAACUGGAAGAACUUCUUGAAUGGGCCAUACACGAGCGACCCUGUCAGACAGGAGAACCAAUCUAAAUUUGCUUUUGGUCGGGACCUGAUAAUGCUGCCACAGUGUGAUUUAACUGAUAUGAGUGGGACAGUGCCAAAGUUCUUGGUGGAUGCCUGUGAAUUUUUAUCCCAGCAUCUUCAUACUGAAGGGCUGUUUCGAAAGACCGGGUCGUUUAGUCGGAUGCGAGCUCUGAGGGCUGGCCUGGAGCAGGGGGAGACAGUCUUUUCUCUGCCACAUUCAGCCACUCUGCAGCCCUGUGAUGUGGCGUCUCUUGUGAAGCAGUUCUUACGGGAGCUGCCCUCGCCCCUCAUCCCUAUGGAUCUACAGGUGCCACUGUGUCGUGCACAGGGCUUAGAGGAGGAGGGGGGGCAGGAGCAGGGCAAGGAUGGAGCUCUUCUUCUCACAGCCUUGUUCCCCCCGUCGCAUUCACGGGCCCUCCGAUACUUCUGCACUUUCCUGAGACAGACGGCUCAAAGAUGUAAAGAGAAUCGUAUGGAAGUGGGCAAUCUGGCUCUUGUGAUUGCACCUAAUCUGCUACAUUGUCCAGCUGGGGGCUCUAAACUGACCGCAGGUACAGAGAGACGACUGCAUAGACAAGCAGCAGUGAUCAAGAAACUCAUAAUACACGCUGAUCGGAUUGGUGUUGUCCCCCCUUCUAUUAUGGACAUGGCAACAGUAGCAGAGUCCUCCACACCCCCAGUUGAUGGGGGGAGGUUUCAGGAGAGGGCAGGACUUGGUGUGUAUAGACUUUUAGCACAUCAAAGGAGGCGCAGUGUUGGAGAGAUAUUUGUGGAUGCUCUCAGUAAAUUGAAGACAGGCCGCACUCACACUGGCCUUCUACAUCCCCCAGACAGCCAGCAAAGUACAAAGACCGCUCACCACAACACACCUGAAUCACCAGUCACAUCUAAACGAAAAUCGACUGAAGAUCCUGUCCCUGAUGUUGAGAGCUCUGCUAAAAAAAGACGCUCUAUCCAUGACCUUAGAGAAGACAACCAAUCCAUGAGCAAACAACCCUCCAAUGUAGAUUCCGAGGCGGCGGUCGGCCAAAGCCCUACCCGUAGUCACACUUCUGUCCUGAGUGGAGUGGAGGGCAGUAGGGAGCACGAGCUCUCUGUCACUCUCACUGCCUCAGAGAAGAGGAGGAAUCACAAGAAAGAUCAAAAAACAUCAAACAAGCAUCCGGUGCAGGAGGACAAGGCCCAUCGAAGGACAUCUCUUAGAUUCUUCAACAUGACAGUCUGGAGCAGCCCUGACCCUUCCCCCACGUCCAUUGGGAAUGACACUGAGAAUUGGAUCAUGGGCAGUAUAAUGGUCACUGAUGGUAUGACUGAAGCAUCCAGCUCUGAGAUUGGACCAUCCAGGAUUCCUGUCAUAAUGACUGAUGGCCCAGGACAAGUGGGGAAUGAAGUGGAGGAUGACCCUGAUCUGCUGAAUUACAGCUUUGCUGAAAAUCCUAAUCACUGCCUGGAUCUCGCRACAUUGGACUCACCUACCAGGACACAAGCUGGGGAAUCAUGUGAAUGCUCUGGUGUCAAGUUGGAAAACGAGACGAUAGAGGAAACCGUUAGACAGUAUGAAACAAACCAUGUAUUGAGGGAUCCAGAGCAGGUUGGGAUAAAGGAGGACCCUGUAGACGUGGGUCUAAGCAAGAAGCAGUCAGAAGUGGAUAUAUCUGUCAGUCAGAAGCCCCGUCAACCUCGUCGCUCCAUCAGUAUGCCAGAGGUGACAUUGGACCAACUGAGGAUUCAAGAUGAAAUUUACAAGAAAGAGAAAACAGAUUGGAUGAUCAAGAAAGAAGAUGGAGUCUCUGGGGACGCACUUCAACUGCCGGUGAAGAAAGAGAAGAUGACAGAGUCAGGACUGGGUUUUAAGAGGACACACAUGUCUGUAGCAGAGCGCAUCAGGCGGUUUAACGCUCUGACAACGCUGCUCCGUAACCCCAGGGUUCCUCCAAGGCCCCCUGAACCUCAGCUCAAUGAUGUCCUGCAUGAGAGUCAGCGGGAGGGAGGUCAGCGGAGCGUUGUACGUCUGCGCCGGCAGGGAGCGCGGCGGUUUGGACGCUCCAUCAGUCAUGAUGGUGUUCCCGGACCUUGGCCAGGACAAGCCUCUAAAAAUCAAGAGGUGCCAGUGGUUCUUCAAAGCCUCAGUGAGCCAGUCCUAUGUCCACCUCUAGAGCCAACUCUUAGUGUUUAUCAAUUUGCCCAAGUGGGACAGUUUGAAAUCCAACAUACUCCUCAACUACAACAGGAAAACCUCAUGCAGACCAUCCAGGAUUUGUGCGCUCCUCCGUCACCCAAUCCAAAGCAGAACAAGGAAUCCUGCCAAGGGCAAUUUAAAGAAUCACAAUUGAAUCUCAAGGAAAGACAAUUGGAACCGGUGGAGGAACAACCUAAGGAGUCAGAGCUACAUGAUCUGCUGGAGAUGCACUUGAAUACAUGCAAUCCAAAGGAGGAGCARGACAAACACAUCACAGUUCCAAUGCUGGUGAAUAGACCGUUUCUGACCGACACAGUCUUAGAUGUUCCACCUCAGACCAUGGCCCCCCUACAGCAGGAGUCCAAAAGUACAGAAGUCAAACUCCCUCUCCCUUUUCCCUCCAAGCCCUCCUCUCCCUCUCAAACAGAAACAUGCUCUCCCAUUCCCAGUGGACCCUCUCCCACACCAAUAGACACAACAUCAACUGAUCUCUACACUGCACACUUAGUGGCUAACUGCUCCCCUACCUCUGUCACGACCUUUGGCUUUAUAGAGAUAGACAUGGGGGUCAGUGAGAGUGAUGGGGGUUCGCUCCCUGUUGAACUCUCUCCAUCACCAGCCUUGCAGAUCAGGCUCCCGGCCACCAAGAGACGCUACAGAGACUCGCCCUGCUGGCCCGUCCAUGAGAUUAGCAUGGCCACAGGGGACCCAUUACAGAUCUGAGGGGUACAGGACAGACUAAAUGGUACUCCGUAACUAGCGCAUUGGUCUUGAGUAGUAGGGUUUAAAAAUUGGGAAAAUAAGAUCACUCGCACAAAGAAUGCCAUGUGUUUUGUUUUUUUUAUAUGUAAUUUUCUGUUAUGCCAAGAUAGGUUAUCCUAGAAAAGUAGUAUUUUAAAGCGGCAGUCAACAGUAGAACAAUAACAAAGUGGCCUCCCUGUUUCGGUAAAAAUCUGAGGGAUGGGGCUGGAGAAAUGUAACCACUCUCAA